AUGGCCGUCAAAAAGCGCCAAAAGACUCUGUCGCAUGGCCGACCACCCCUCAGUAAACCGAAAGAGCGAAUGACCUCCGAGCGUUCCAGGACUAUCAUCCGCACUCAUCAUCGACUGCAGAAGGAACACGCGGCAGCUUUGAAAAGAGGAGAUCUGAAGUUAGCAGAAGAGACUGCACGAGCUAUUGAGCGGAACGGGGGAAUAAAGACUUAUCAGGCUGCAAGCAAGCAAGGCCAGGCGAAGGACAGGGGAGGCGACUCCAGCAGGUUGUUAGUUGAAUGGCUGCAACAAUCCAAGGUCUUGGACCCGAAAGCACGAGAUCAGCGCAGUACUAGCAAUGCCAAACUCAGAUGUCUCGAGGUUGGAGCUUUGUCCACCAAAAAUGAGAUCUCCAAGUACUCAAGCGCCAUCGACAUGACCAGGAUCGAUUUGAACAGCCAAGGUCCAGGUAUCGAAAAACAAGAUUUCAUGGAGCGACCGCUUCCUACGUGUAAUGACGAGCGCUUCGAUAUCAUUUCCCUAUCAUUGGUGCUCAAUUACGUACCGGAUGCUGUUGGUCGAGGGGAAAUGUUGAAACGCAUCACAGAGUUCUUCAGAAAGAGUAGUGUGCCAACGGAGACCUCAGAAACACUAUUCCCAGCAUUGUUCUUUGUUCUACCGCUACCAUGUGUCGACAACUCGCGUUACCUUGAUGAACAGCUACUCUUGCGAAUUAUGGGCGACUUGGGUUUCACGAUGAAGUUGAGCAAGAACACAUCCAAGUUGUGUUACUACCUGUUCACCCUAACGAACGAGCCGAGAGUCACAAGGGUCGAGAAGAAGAAGAUUAAAGACGGGCCAGGAAUGAACAAUUUCUGCAUUAUUGUUGAAUGA